CUCUGUUUUGAAGAACAUGUUGGAAACUCCCCAGGUCUGAUCUACAAGUAGUCAUUUUCUAUUGCUUGGAGAAUCUCCCUCCUGCUACCCCUCAUGCUGCUGUGGGCAUUGCUAUUGAUCCUUGGUUUGGUCAGCACACAAGCUUCCAUUGCAAAGAAAGCCGUAGUGCAUCUGAGCCCUCCAUGGACCACUAUCUUCAAAGGGGAGAAAGUGACUCUGACUUGCCAUGGAUUCAACUCCUCCAAACCAAGGACCACACGGUGGUAUCAAAACCAACAAUUGCAAGAAAAUUGGUCUACAAUCAGCAUUGAGGCUAAUCAGACUGGAGAAUACAGAUGCCAGACCCAGAACUCAGCCCUCAGUGACCCUGUGAAUCUGGUUGUUUCUUCUGAUCUGCUGAUCCUGCAGGUCCCAUAUUCUGUAUUUGAAGGAGAUACAUUGGUCUUGAGAUGCCAAGGAAGUGAUGGUGCUUGGAGAGCCACAGAUGUGACAUACUAUAAGGAUGAAAAGAUAUCUUCUUAUUUCCUUAAGUACUCUAAUUUCUCCAUUCCGCGAGUUGGCUUAAGUUACAGUGGCAAAUAUCACUGCACAGGAGUUUUUAGGAAUGCUUUUUUGUCUCAGAAAAGAAGUUCGAGAAAAGUAGAGCUCCAAGUCCAAGCUGAGAACACAAGACAUGUCACCCCAGAAGCUCUGACACACUCUCCUGGGCACUGUGUUUGCCUCCUCUCUCUAGAACUGUUUCCAUCUCCUGAGCUGAAAACCACAACCUCCCAGCCCAGUGAGGGAACCUCAGUGACUCUGAGCUGUGAGACCCAGCUCCCUCCACAGAGGUCAGACACACAGCUGCACUUCUCCUUCUUCAGAAAUAGCAGAGUCAUCAUGUCAGGCUGGAAGAAGUCUCAGGUGCUCCAGAUCCCAGCCAUCUGGAGGGAAGACUCAGGGUCAUACUGGUGUGAGGCAAGAGCUGUGACUCAGAAUAUUCAGAAACAGAGCAACCAUGUGAAGAUCAGUGUGAAAAGAACCCUCAUCUCUGGCAUCCUCAUGGAGACCCAGCCCUCUGGGGGGCAGGUGACUGAAGGAGAGAAGCUGGUCCUCAUCUGCUCAGUAGCUCAGGGCACAGGGAACAUCACAUUCUCCUGGUACAGAGAAGGCAUUAAGGCACGUCUGGGAGAGAAGACUCGACAUUCUCUGAAGGAGAAGUUUGUGCUCUCUGCUGUGAGUGAGACUGAUGCAGGGAAGUAUUACUGUACUGCUAACAAUGGCAUCAACACCAUCAGCAGCCAGACGGCUAGUGUCACUGUGAGAAGUAGAGAUCUCUCCUCCCAAUUCAACUCAAGUGAAAAUGUUGGUCACUUGGCCCUUGGACUAAUUGUGCCUCAGUUCAUUUUGGUUGGCCUCUCUGUUUCUGCUCUUCUAUUUUGCUUUGGACCUUGGAGUAAGUCAGGCUGGAAACCAAGACACAUUUGUGAGUCCCUUUCUUGUUUCUUCUAAGAAGACCAACCUGCACUUUGAACAUAGAGUAAAAUUACUUAGAAAACAAAAACAAAAACCAACUUGUUUCUGCAACAAAAUCCCAACCCCAAUUCCUUUGUGGCCUUUUCAUCAGGGAGGCAGAAAUGGGUCGUGAAGCGAGGGAAGGAGCUUGUACAAAGAGGACCAGCAGCAGAGACCAAGACAGCCACUACCUUUUCUCUGAGAGCCCAGCUCUGCUGUCUGAUUUACUCAGCUAAUGACUGACCACCCCCAUCUUGGUGUCUGGUUCAUGGAGAGGAGGGAACAAGGGAUAAGGGAUAAGGGGUCAUUGAGUCUGAGUGACAAAAUGUCAAGAGUUUCCCAUUGGUUGUGCCCUCUGCUCAUUUGGGUCAAGGGAGAUGAGGUAAGCGUGUUUGCAGGGAGGAGAAAAGAAGACAGAAAGAGGAGGCAGAAAUAGGCUGGAGGGGGAUGUGGGACUAGGCAGAGAAGCCGUGAGAACCCCAAAUCUUAGCUGCCAUUGAGUGACCUUUCACAGCUGGAGUGACCCAGUGCAAUGCAGGCCCUGCCAAUGGAGAGAGAUAAAAGAUUAGAGACAUUUUCAAGGGGAGGAGGGUCUGGUUCGUUCUGCAUUCAGCCUCAUAAUAAUAGUGGCUUAAAUCUGUACAGUGCCGUACACUCUCCAAAGAGAUUUCUGUUAAGUACUACUACUAAUAAUACAUAAUAGUGCUUUCUAUAGAUAGCAAUAACAACACAACAAUAAAAACUGACAACUACACAGGGCUUAGAGGUUUGUGAAGUGCUUUACAUAUAUCAUCUCAUUUGAUCCUCAUGAUAAUUUUGUGAAAUAUGUGGUAAAAUGUCCAUUUUACAGAUACGAAAAGUGAGGUUUAGAGAGGAUGUGACUUACCCAAUGACAUACAGCUAGUCAACUCUUCUGUUCAACUUGGGAGCCUUACCCAAUUUACCUUCAGUUCGUUUGCUCUUGUUCUGCCCCAUCUAUGUUUUCAAGGUACAAGACCUGGGGAACUUUACAGUUGGCAUUCUUCCUGCAAUCCUUGUGAGAACUAGAAAUACAACAGCAUAUAAUAACAAAAAGCACUGACUCACAGACUCGCUAAGUCUCAGUUUCUUCAUUUGUAAAAACAGGUAGAAUCAUGGAGUUUUAGAUCCAGAAGGCAUGCGUCAAUCUUACAGAGUUGUUUGUGAAGGGAAAAUGAGAUCAUGUAUUUA